GAUCAGUUUGCCUCGAUACACUAGCUCGGCGCUGCCCUGCUCUGCUCUGUGGUGUUUCAAGUUCGGACCGUUGGCGCUUUUAGGGGCGUGCCAGCAGUCGUUCGUUUCCCGCCUUUGGCACCAUGUCUAUUCACGUCCGCGUCGCGGCGUGCUCGCGAGUGGCCGAGGGUCAGCGCCACGCACUCCGUUCCACGGAUGCGUCCCGCAGCACUGUGCAUGCGAGCUCGCGGUCGCACACCGGUUGAAUCGCAUCGUAGGCGGAAGGGCAAUCCAUAGCAGCAGCAGCAGCAGCAGCUUUAGAAAUGCGGGCGGGAGCGGCUGCAGCGGAGCGGGCCUCUCAGCGGCCGCCACGUGGCCUGGGUCACAACAUCCUCCAGCUGCCCGCUUCGGAUCAUCUUCACCUGUUCGCUCCGAAGGCACGCGCAGGCAUGAUCGAUUGCCGCUGCAGCGAGCAGUCUCGGUGCGUCGUGCGUCGCUUCCGUCAGGGGAACGGCUUACAGCCAGGCCUUCAAUCCGAAUCACCUGUGGCUUCAGCAGCGGCAGGAGUGGCAUAGGGAAGAACCCAAGCCCCGGCAACAAGCCAGGCAAACGCCCAUCUUCCUCCUCCCCAGCUCCCUCCCCCACUUCCCCCUCCUCCUCCGCCGCCUCCUCCUCUCCACUCAAUCCCCUUCAGCAAGUCCUAGCCAGCGUCUCGCAACAAGCCCAGGCAGUCCUCCCUCCCCCAGUCACAGCCUUCCCCUGGGCGUCCCUCCUCUCGUCUGUCCUUGCGCGCAUGCACGCCCUUCUCUCUCUAUCCUUCUCGCUCCUCCUUCUGCCGUACCUCCUCUCAUCAUCCCUAGGCGAGCUCGCCUUUGCUCUCAGGCAGGGUCAGGUGCUGCUGGCGGGGACAGCGGCGGUAGCAGCCAGUGUGGGGUGCUAUUGGGUGGCGGAGGAGGCCGGGAAGGAGCAGGGCGUGCUGGUGAAGAGGGGAGGGGCUGUUGGCCGGGCUCUUGCGCUUGUGGCUCGGGACUCCACCAAUUUACUGAUGCUCAUUGCUGUCGUUUGUGCGCUCCUCAAGGCCUCAGCACCCACCCUCCCUUCCUUUCUUCGUGUCAUCGUACCAUUUCUUGCUAAUGGUAGUUUGGCUGCCGUUUUCGUGCGGUUAGUUUUGCGGCGUGCAGAAGUCAGCUUUUAGGUGUUCCUUACGUUAUGACUCAACUGUAGAAUAGAAACGCUUGAUGAGCAUAGCGCAUUUCCCUUCUCAGACUAACUGGGUAUAAGGUUUCUAGCUUCAAUUGGGUCACAUUAUCAGAGGGACUUGCUUAAAGCCCCAAGCUAGAAUAGCAAAACCACAUUCAGGUAUCAAAUAUAUGUAUAACUCAUAU